AGGGCACGUCUGCUCUUUUGUGGUCCUUACAUCAGCCCGUCCAUCCUCCCAGUCCGACUGAGUUCUUUGACGUUUUGCUAAGUACUUUAUCAACUUUAUGGACUCAUUUUUCACUGAAUCCAGACGCUGACAUCCAACAAAUCCAGCUGAGGUUGAACUCUAAUCUCCACGGAGCCUCCAUUGUACUCUAAAUGUGACACCACUUCCUCUUAUCUCUGAAGGGUGUUGAUGGAGAGCCAUUCGAAUGACAGCCGGGACGGUGGUCAUCACUGGUGGAAUUCUAGCAACAGUAAUACUACUCCUUAUCAUUGCAGUACUGUGUUACUGCAGGCUGCAGUAUUAUUGCUGUAAGAAGGAAGAGUCCGAGUCGGAGGAGGAGGAGCCAGACUUUGCCGUCACGUCCCGCCUCCCCCCGGUCCACUCCAACCACAAAAUAGUGGCGGCCCCCCCCCCCGCUUCCUCCAUACCCAAUGGCCCCGCCCUUUUCUCCACCCCUCCGCUGGCCCGGAAACUGACUCGGUCCCAGACCUUCUGUCCGUCAUGUACACACUAUGAGAUGCCAUUUUACCUCCAGCCUCCUCAGCCCCAGGUCCAUCACCAGCCAGAUGGACUGAGGAACGGAGGCGAGCGGAUCAGCUAUCGCAGCGUCCAGCAGCAGGACCUGGAGCUGCCCGUGCCUGUGAACAUUUCAAACUAUCGCAAACCCAACCUCUCGCGCUCCGUCACCAUGCGGGACAUGUUCACGCGCAGCUGCAGCAUCAGCACUGAUGUUUAGCUGUGCUGGUAUGGACCAGACGUGGGUUGGGAAGGUUUGGGUUGGACUGCACUUCUGUCUUCAGACUUUCUGUUGUCUUGGCCACUUUAGUCCAGUUUAAUGUGGUUUUACUGUAGUCUGCUUUCAUUCUUCUGGUUUCCUCUUGCAGAACAAGGACGGUGGCUCUCAGGAUAGCAUUUUAAGGUACUAUGCUCAGGUCCAGGAUUGUAUAUCUGGGCCACAAUAGAAAUAUUUAUGGGAAUUUUAAUGUUAUAUAUAUAUAUAUAUAUAUAACCCAAAACUCUGCUCUCUAGCUUUUUUAAAAGAAGGUUUUAUUUUAAGGUUUGAUGUGUGAAACCUUAUUUCUUGUGGACUCUGCUACCUAUGAACACACACACAUCGACUCCCACGGUGUCGAAAUGACCCGUCCGGCAGGGAUUUACUCUCUACCUUAGCUGCUACCAGCAAAACAAGAUUAGGAGACAGGAGAGAUAGGAUGGCCACGACUCAGAUGUCAAGUUUUAGCUGCCUCCCAGAAAUAUGUCUGAUAGAUCCAACUUAAGGCCAUACUAUAUCUAGAAAUAAAGGGCUCAGAGGAAAGGACAAAGUCAAAUCCCUGCCUGUUUUCCACACACUUUCAUAGAAAACUGGUUUUGAUGAGUGAAUAUGGUGCAUACACCUGAACAAACGACACAAGAGCUUGGUGUUGGUGCAGGUGAGGUGGGCAAUAGGUGCCAAGUGGGUGAGGUUCUUGCAUGCAUGUGUGUGUGUAUGAGUUGUUCGUUGUUAAACUAGCAUCCUUAUUCUGCAUAUUUAAACGUAUUUUGCUAACCCUUCGUAUCCAGAACCCAGUGGUGGGUUUGCAAUAAAUAUUAAUUUUAAAGGGUGAAUUAUAACAAUUUCUAAUUCCAGCCGAUGCUGAAGUCAUGCUGAUACAAAGAAUCACCCAUGCAGCUGAUAUGAAAAACUCUGUGUAGGAUUAAAGUAGAAAUCUAGCUUCUUUGUUAUAGCACGUAGCACUGGAGUUGAAGACUACAGAGAAAAAUCUAAAACAUUUGGAACGUGGCUGUGACUUUUCUUAGUCACAGUGUGGUUUUGAAGGACCCCUAACUUUACCUUAACUGGACACACCAGAGACCUAACCCGGACUUAAAAUAUCCACAGUGCAAAUGAACUACAACAUAGUCUAGUGGCCAUGUUGCCCCGCUGCCUGGAGGCUUUGCCAGCCUGCAAAUGAAUCAGCAAAGAAGAAAUCCCUUAAAUGACAGGUGAAAUGUUUUCAAGAAACUGAAGUCAGUCCAGUUACCCACUAUUGAAAUAUUUCGGAUAUACAGUAAAAGCAAAUGUUCAGGCCUUGCAUAAAUUAUCAUGACAAAUGCAAUGCAACAUGAACUCAGUCUGAAGAAAGAGUAGUAUAAACCUUACCAUUCAUACAGGCAGCCUCACAGACCUGUUCACUCCAUUUGAUUUUUGUACUUAGUAAUGGCUAGCUCAGUGGUUCUCAAACCUUUUCGUUCUGUUUUGAUUUAACAAAAAAUCUCAUCAAAUUACAUUUCAAACUUAUCAAACUAACACCAAGUAUGGUCAUAUUUUAUAAUAAAACAAUAAAUAACAUCAAAGAAAACAAAGAAAAUAGAAGUGCAGUUGUGCCAUCAUUACUUGAACCAUAAAAGAAUUUCCUCAGGUUUGUCCGGCCCCACUUAUCAUGUCUCUGUUCCCCACUAGUGGGCCCCACCUCACACUUUGAGAAGCUCUAGCUCAAUCCAAAGUUCCUCAGUAAUGCUUGAUACUGAUAGAACUGAUCACUGGGAAAAGAUGCAAAAGGAGCAAAAGCAACUCAGUACCUUUUCAAGUGCUCCAGGAGCAAGCAGCUGUUUGAAGUCAUCUGAAAUUGGAGAAGAAAUCAGAAUUUCUCUUUUGGAGAAGAAUUUCUCUAGGUGUAUUCAGAGGUCAGAGCUUCUUCAACAGCAGCUACAACACAGAACUGUAGAGGCACAGCUGUCAAGGGAAACAGAGGCAUGUGGCUGCCUCUAAACUCAGUCAGAGUGAGUAAAACUUUGCUCAUUGUUUCUUUUGUGUUACAUUGCAUUUGUUUUGACACUAUACCAGCAGUUUAGCAAUGGUCCAUUUCUUAAAUUAAACCAAGUUGGCAACUGUUGUUGGCACUAGCAGCUAACCUGGUUAGCCUGCCUUGUUAGCUGCUAGCUCUAACUAAAUGAUUGUUCCAGUACAAGCCAGGCAUCUUUUGCAAAUUACAAAGUAAAAUGCUACCUUGGUACAUGUUAGAUAAACACUGUAUCUGUUUGUCUGUGGUAUUUUCUCACUGUUUCUGACUGUUCUCUGUGAGCUCCAACGACAGUGCUAUGCUAAGAUGAUGCUAAAAUAUUAAUUGGUACAACAAAUGUAGGUGCCACUUAGAAGUAAAAACCUAAACCUUAGCAAGUGAACAUUUCAGUCAGUGAACAACUCAUGUUGAAACAUUAACCUGAGAAUAGCAUACAAUACAAUCAUCUCUGGACUCUGGAGAUUUUGGACAUUAGCUCUGAUGGACUUGGUCUUCUCCGGACUGUGUUGUCUGGGUCUUGGCAGAGCCGGCGGGUUGGAUUUAGGGCUGAUGUUUUAACUGGACUUUUCUUUAAUACAUUUUAUGAAUGAUAUUACAUUUAUGGCAGCAGUGUGAGACGUUUUAAAGCUGAUUGGAUUGCCUUUCACGGACAGUUUCACCAACUCCUCACAGCAAAAUACAUAACUACUUCUGCUCUUUUUUUCUGUCCCUCGCUGUCAACUUCAUCACAUGGUUGCAUUUCCUCUAAGAGUGAACCAGUGCGUUUAUUUUGCGUUUUCCUCCUUCACACAAGCCCUCUCUUAAUCUCAUCAGAGCUACGCUUUUCUCAUUCAUGAAACGUAAACGAUGUGACAGCUGCACAGGAAUCGUUGUGCCAUAAUUAAUUAUGAAAGAAAUACUAUUGUGAUUAUUAUUAUUACCAGUGUAUAUUCAAAUGCUGUGUUGCUUUUACGGUAUCUUGAAGUAUUUUAAUUACUUGUUUCAAUUUAUGAGAUAUAGCUGUUUUUUCAGACUCGGUACAGUCAUAGCAGAAAUGUCCCCGGUUUAUAAUGUGUAACUAACAGACACAUGUUGCUAAUAAAAUGGUGUGAACAUCUU